CUUUCUGAUAACAGCCACUCGUAGAGUUGAAAGCGUGCAGUUGUGGAUUUAGAGAGCGUAAUGGAAAGUGUUGUACUCGCUUACAGUGGUGGACUGGAUACCUCCUGUAUUUUAGUAUGGCUUAUCGAAAAAGGUUACGAUGUCAUCGCUUUCAUGGCGAAUGUCGGACAGGAUGAAGAUUUUGAAGGAGCAGAUGCAAAAGCAAAAUCUCUAGGAGCAAAGAAGGUCAUCAUUGAAGAUCUGCGAAAGAGCUUUGUUGAAGAAUACAUUUGGCCAGCUGUCCAAGCCGGAGCCAUUUACGAAGACCGCUAUCUCUUAGGGACAGCCUUGGCCAGGCCUUGCAUUGCGAAGGCCCUCGUUUGUGUGGCAGAGCGAGAAGGUGCAGCCUACAUCUCCCACGGCGCAACUGGCAAAGGAAAUGACCAAGUCCGAUUUGAACUAUCCUGUUACGCUCUCAGUCCUAAAUUGAAGGUUAUAGCUCCUUGGCGACUAUCGGAAUUUUAUGAACGCUUUCCUGGACGUCAAGAACUGAUCCAGUAUGCUAAAGAUAAAGGCAUUCCUAUUCCAGUCACACCUAAAGCGCCAUGGAGUAUGGACGCAAAUUUAAUGCACAUCAGUUUCGAAUCUGGCAUUCUAGAAGAUCCGUGGACACCCGCCCCGGAUGAUUUAUUCCGGAUGACAACACAUCCUCGAAAUGCUCCUGAUAAUCCAGCACAGUUGGAUAUCGAAUUCUUGGAAGGUGUCCCCGUGAAGGUGAAGAAUGAGAAAGACAAUGUCAUUAAAGAAAGUCCUCUUGACAUCUACCUUUAUCUCAAUGAAAUAGGGGGAAAGCAUGGAGUUGGAAGAAUCGAUAUUGUAGAAAAUCGGUUCAUUGGUAUCAAGUCUAGAGGGGUGUAUGAAACGCCUGGUGGAACAAUCCUACAUGCUGCCCAUACAGACCUCGAAAUAUUUACUUUGGAUAAAGAAGUCUACAAACUGAAAAAGUAUUUAGCUCUUAGAUUUGCAGAGCAGGUUUAUAAUGGAUUAUGGUUUAGCCCUGAGAGUGAAUAUACACAAAACUGUCUGAAACUAAGCCAGAAGAAUGUUAAUGGCACGGUCAGAGUCCUCUUGUACAAGGGCCAUGUUCAUAUCAUUGCCAGAAAGUCCACCUCUACUACUUUCAACCAAGAAUUAGCCAGCAUGGAGGUUCAAGGAAACUGUUCCCCAAAUGACGCUGAUGGUUUUAUAAAGGUCAAUGCUAUACGGCUAAAAGAGUACUUCCGUCUGAAAUCGAACCCAGAUUAAAUUGUUGUAAAGUGACCAUUCCAUCUAUGACAAAUGAUAAUGUUUUACUGUCCGAAUGAUGAAAUAUUCUUAUUCUAUUUUCAAGAUACAAGCGUGCAGUUGCAGAAAAUAAAUUUUGUGGAAUGUGUUAGCAUUAUUUAA